GUUGAACUGCGGGUCAUUAGAUUCGUGCGGUACCCAUUGACAUGAUUUUAUCCCUAUGGCUGCUGGCCUCCCUUGCACUCAGCGUUAAUGCCAUAUAUGAAGACCAGGUUGACGUUCUAGAUUGGAAUCAAAAGUUUGUGGGAAAAGUCAAGUAUUCAAAAUUAAAGUUUGAUGGGACUAUCCCUAAAAAUUAUUUUGUGGGUUCUGAACUCAAUGUUAUUAGUUCUAUCAAUUUAAAGGAUGGAUCAAUUGUUUGGCGACAGGUACUUGACGAAGAUGGUGAAAUGACUGGAUUUGAAUUAUGUGGCAAUAAGUUGUUUUCUCUUUCCUCCAAGCGUGGAACUAAGUUACGUGCUUGGGACAUUAAGUUUGGUGGUGUUUUAUGGGAGGCUUUAAUAGAUUCUUCUGAAUCAUCCAGUGGGGACAUUUGGUGUGAUGAAAACUCAGGGAUUUUAGUUGUUGCUUACGAUAAAGGAGUGGAUACUUAUCGUCUUCAAACAGGUGAAAAGCUGUCAUCUGACAGAAAUAUGAACUCAAGUUCUCCUAAUCAAAUAAAUAUAGUUUCCGGGAAAACUGAAUCCAGUUUAACAAUCUCACUAGUUGAGAAAUAUCUGGACAAGAGUGGUCAUCUGGAUAUUGAUGCACCUGAAUUAUCUUAUAUAAUUAUCAGAACAUAUGCAAUUUCAAGUUCUGGAUUGCAGUUAACUCCUAUGGUCAUAAAGAACUAUACGAUUCACUCGUCUGUUUAUAACCAACGCUCGUGCAAUAUAUUCGGGUUACAUAACAUACCAACUAAUGCCAUUGUUGUGUGCUUAUCGUCGGAGCGUGGUAGACAGGAAAGCCUGCUUAGAUUUUCAUCUGUUUCAUCGUCAAGUUGGGACGUUAUCACAGUGAAAAGUACCUUUGCAAAUAUGGUUAAGCUAACGGACAAUGAUUUUCUGUUAACCUCUUCAUCGUUGGAGCCCACCACUGGGGCUGUAUAUCAUUUAGAUUCCUCUGGUAUUCCAGUUUUAAAAUAUUUUGUCAAUAAUGCUAUGAUUGGAUGUUUGGGAACGCUAAAUGAUCGAUCGUAUUUAUUUACACUUCAUCAAAAUGUAGAUCAGUAUUUUAAGAAUCUGGCUCUAAACAUCUAUGAUUUAGAAUCUGGUGAAUUAUCCAAAGAACUACCACCUCGUCAUUUCACUCUUGCUAGUCAUCAUGGUACAAUUGAAUCGAUAUCUGCUAUCAUGUUUACUGAUGCUACCGGUGCUCCGAGUUUUCGACUAUUGUUAUAUACAGAGGAUGAUGCUGUACAACUAAUCCGACAAAAUGGUAAACAACAAUGGAUUCGUGAAGAGGCGUUAGCAAACAUAGUUGCUGUUGAGGUAAUCGAUUUACCUGUUUCAGAGUUUCAAGCGAAAAUUGAAGAAGAGUUUAAUCAUGCAAGCAACAACAUUCUGGAAAUGUUUAUUCAACGCUUAAAAUCACAGAUGUCUCAAUUAGUUGUAUGGACGAAGCAUUGGAUUUAUAACAUACCAAAUUUAUUCAUGGCUAUCGUAUCGUCUAAACCAUUUUUCAAGCAUUCAUCUAAUGGUGAUCUGUCAAAACGUAGAGUACUACCAUCAUCAUCUUCUUUACAGGACUAUUCAUCAAGUGAUCCAUCGUCUUUUUCAAGUUAUUCACAUAGUUUUCCACCUAGAUGGCAAUUUUCAUCACAUAUUUCCUCUUUAAAUGUCAAUAAUUCUACUAACAAUGAUAAUACCAUUGAUAAUGUAGAUGGCGAUAAGCUAAAUGUUUAUAAAUCAUCUCAAAUAGAUCCCAAAUUAACAUCAUGGGAUGAAAAACUUACACGUGAUAAUUUCAAUGUUCAUAAAAUGUUGGUUGUAGCUACCUCAGUCGGAAAACUGUUUGGUUUAGAAAGUGAACGUGGUCGUAUUGUUUGGGAUUAUUUUGUCCCAUCUGCAAAACUUUUAGCUAAUGAAAAGCUUGCUCUCUUCCAACAGCGCAAUUUAGCUCAUUUUCCUUUACCACCUAUCAUGUCACUUUUAUUUCGAUCAAAGAUUACAAAUCGACGGGUACUUUUCUCAUUCAAUCCAAUUACUGGUGUUCCAUCACAUGAAAAAGGUAUGGAUUUGUAUACAUUGAAAUCGGAUAUUAUUCAAACUGUCUUGGAACCUGGUUCUGUAAGCGAACGAUGUGAAUUUAUUAGACCUCUGUUGUUGUUAAGGACAGAUUUAAACGUUGAAGUUUAUCCAUCUACCUGUACCCCUACGUAUUCAUCAUCAGAUUCACAGCCCUUAUAUAUUUUUACUAUUGAACGUGAAGAAGCUCGUCUUACCGGUUAUCAGAUAAAUCCAGUAUCUUCAGACGGUAAAUCUUUGAAAGCUACACGUGUCUGGCGAAUGUUAUUGAGUCCUGAUUCUAGUCCGGUUAACAAGCAUAUCAUCGUCGCUGCAGCUUCACGUCCACCUUCUGAACAUAUUUAUUCAGUUGGUCGAGUAUUGGGUGAUAGAAGUGUUCUUUACAAAUAUUUAAAUCCUAAUCUAAUUGCAGUACUUACUGUUGGUGGUGAUAUCAACAGUCAUACAAAUACAUUGAUGAUUUAUUUGAUUGAUGUUGUAGCUGGUCGAAUAUUGUAUAGUGCUGUACAUCGUCGAUGUUCUGAACCUAUUAGUCUAGUGCAUUCAGAGAAUUGGAUUAUUUAUACUUAUUAUAAUCACAAAUCAUUACGCAAUGAAGCUACCGUUAUUGAAUUAUAUGAACCGACUAAAUUAUCCGGGGAAUUAUGUGCUAGUCAGUCAAUUCCAAGCCCUUGGCAAUUGUUUCUCAACAAUCUUGUUCCUUCGUGGUUGUUAUCUAAUCCAAGUUCAUUAAAAGGAUCUGGUGAUUUAACCAGUUUUUCACGUUUCUCAUCUUUAUUUCGUGCUAGUGAUGUUGAUGGUUUUUGUAGUUCAACUGGUGAAAAUUCUUUAAUACCUCAAGUUCUACAACAAUCUUACAUACUAAACACUCCACCACGUAGUGGUGCAGUGACUGUUUCAGUUACUGAGAGAGGAAUAACCGCCAAGAAUAUAAUUUUGGCUUUACAGAGGAAUAGUCUAAUUGAACUUCCGAAGUCAUUUUUCGAUCCACGUCGUAGUUUGGAUAUGACUUCUGAACUAAUGGAAGAAGGUGUUCAUCCUUAUGCUCCUGUGCUACCGUUUUCCGAUCAAGCUAUAAUUACAUAUAAUCAAUCAAUUAUGCGAAUUCGAGCUAUUCGUACAGCACCUACCGGUUUAGAGUCCACUGGAUUAGUAUUUGCAUAUGGAUUAGAUUUGUUUUUCACUCGAAUAUCACCUUCACAAACAUAUGAUUUACUUAAAGAAGAUUUCGACUAUACUGCAAUAGCUACUGUCACAUUAGGAAUGAUAAUUGCUUCCAUUGUAUCAUGUCGUUUAGCUACAAGACGAGCAGUUCUUCGAGCUUGGGCUUGAUUUCUAGUUCAUGUUUGUUAUUGAAACUUUCAAUCCUAAUAUGAUUAUUUUUCCAACUCCCUAAUGGUGUUAUAGUGAACGAGAACAUACAAGUGGAGACAACCGAAUAUAUUUGGAUACAAAAUUACAGAACCUCUUUGUAAAAUUUGAGAACCGUACAGUAAAUACUUCAUUUGCAAAAUACCAAUCAACUAUCUCGGACUUUAUUGUUCCUUCAUUUCUAUACCAGUCAUGCUCUAUUCUCGUCCUCUUUUCGUCAAUCAUUUUAACCUUCUGCCGCUAAUCCCUUCUCCUGCGAUUCAUGAUACAUACUACUUAUAUCUGUCAACAUCAGUAACACAAACUACAGUAUGAAGUGUCACGACUUCAAUGGAUUGAAAUUUGUCCCAGGUCUCAACUUGUUUAUUAUUGGCUUUGUAUAUUAUGCGAUUUCACACCAUUUUCAUAUUUCUAUGUUCAGUGAAAAUUAGAGGUUUACAAGACAUCAAUUGAAGAUUUCUGUUGUAUAUUGUACCUGUGAUACUGAGUAUAUUAUCGUGGUUAGUUAAAUGUUUGAUUAGUUUGGAAAUAUAAUACAGGGCGAAAGUGUUUUUGACUGCGGAUUACAAGAAUUACUUCUAAAUUGAGUCUGCCCAUUAGUUAACAGUUCUGUUUGUAUUUCUGCCACUUCCUCACAUCCAGCGUUUGACUUCUCAUAUUAUGUCCACUAAUUAGUAGAUUGACUUAGGUGGACGAGGGGUAGAUAUGUUUAUUACAUUUUCAUCUUUAAAUGAAUGAGAACUCUAAUACUUAUUAAGGUUCAAUAACAGUGUUUCGUACUUCAUAACUAGCUCCGAUUUAUUAGGCAGUCCUGUCUUAAAGUUGUCUACCACAGAAGUGUGAUUGUCUGGAGCAUUGCCUUACAAAAGGUUUCUUGGUGAAGAUGGCAAUAUACAUACCCUUCUCUUUAUUGUUACAAAAUAUUAGCGAUUACACAGGUUUGCCCAGAUUUUAUAGGUAACAUUUUUAGAACAGCUCUUACAGAGUUUGUUAUGAUGUAUAUAUCCUAUCUAAAGCAAGUGUAUGAUACUGCUUGCUGUGUGAGAACACAAACCACCGAAUCCGCACUUAGCAACUUUGGUCCUUCGUGCUCGUUGGUAAGAGGUGUCAAUCAUCUGGAUACUAUUGGGUGUCAUAUUUUGCACCUAUUCCCUACCAUGGUAUCGCGUGUUUUAAAGCAAUAAACCCUGAAACUAGGUCAAGGUGUUAUUAUUAUUCCCCCGUAUGGGUUUUGCCAAGUUAGUUAAAUUUCCUUUCUGUUGCUACACAAAGAGCGAGUGUGGAGAAAAGCCCUCUCGGCGUCCACAAACUUAAAACAACUUCCAGUUUUCUUAUAACUGCACCUGGAGAUAUUACGUAGUUGACUUAUGUUCUUCAGUCAGCAGGAGCGAAAUGCCAUGAAUUAUUAUGAUUACAACUGUAGUGACAAACUGCUUUAAAAGCAUCCACACUUUGAACACAAUCAUAGUCGUGAAAACCUAAUUUCUGAACUAGCAAGUGCUUUUUGCUCUCGACAUUCCUUUAUGCUCAUGUAAUUGUUUGUACGAUAUCGUAUUAUUGCUGAAAACAUCAUGCUUACUUGAGUAAUGUUCAGGCUACUAGUUUCUGCCGACCAAAGCAUAGCGUUUGUGGUCAGAUAACCUUGAUGUAGUCAGAACAGGCAAUCAUAAUUGAUAGACAAUGUAAUCUUUGAAGGUCAAUUAACUUCAUAUUUAGAUUGCUAUUAACCACAGAUUUUAAGAUAUACAUUGAACUUUCUAAGACUAAACAAAAUUUCGGGCCACUGAUUAUACAUCGUAUGAGUUAGCCGGCUAUGUAUUAUCAGUCUUUUAGAAUGAAGAUAAUAGCCCAGUUAACCUGAAUUAAUGGUUAUAAAAGGUACCUCUCAGAUGGUCUAGAUCCUUGAUGUCGUUGUUAAAGUCGAUACAUUGUGAGCUCCUGCUUUAUUAACUUGUUGUUGGCAACAGUCAAAUGGUUGCAUUUUUCUAAACAUAGUUC